UUCUGAUAAAAAUAAAUAAAUAAAUUUAACACAACACUUCUGCUCUGCGUCUAAUUGCAUCGAUCUAGCGAAGAGGUGAAGAGAAACCCUUAUAGCCAGAGAAGAGAGAGAGAGAGAGAGAGAGAGAGAGAGAGAGGAGAGAGAUGGAGUGUGUAUUCGGCUUGGUAGGGAAUGGGUUCGCGAUCGUGGUGGCGGACACAUCGGCGGUGCACAGCAUACUGGUUCACAAGUCCAACGAGGACAAGAUUAUGGUUCUCGAUUCCCACAAACUCAUCGCCGCUAGUGGUGAGUCCGGUGACAGGGUUCAAUUCACCGAAUACAUUCAGAAGAACGUCGCUUUGUAUCAGUUCCGUAACGGAAUCCCUCUCACCACUGCCGCCGCUGCCAAUUUCACGCGUGGCGAGCUCGCCACUGCUCUCCGCAAGAAUCCCUACUUUGUGAACAUUCUUCUUGCGGGUUAUGACAAAGAGACGGGUCCUUCACUAUACUAUGUUGAUUACAUUGCAACACUUCACAAGCUUGAAAAGGGGGCCUUUGGUUAUGGCUCCUAUUUUUCACUGGCGAUGAUGGACAGACACUACCAUAGUGGAAUGUCAGUGGAAGAAGCAAUUGAUCUCGUUGAUAAGUGCAUUAUGGAAAUCAGAUCGAGACUGGUUGUGGCACCACCUAACUUUGUUAUUAAAAUUGUUGACAAGGAUGGUGCAAGAGAGUAUGCAUGGCGUGAAUCAGUCAAGGAUACUCCUGUUCCUUCAGCUUGAGUCAACUCUGCUCUCUUAUUUUGAUUGAACUUCUUUCCAUUGGCCUAUGCUUUUCUUUUUCACUUUCUCUGCUGGUACUGUAAUGUCUCUGGAAAUCUUGGUCUAUAAUUACUCUAAAAGUAUGACAGGUUAUCAUUUGAAUUAUGUAUGACUAGUUCUAUUCAAAAAGGAAUUUAUGACAAUGCAUGAGGUAGGCUUUAUUUUAACAUACAUCUAAGUCAAAAUUUUGAAAAUUUAAGAAUUGCAACGGUAAAUAACAAAGAAACUUUCACUUU